AUGGCCCUCUGGGGUGAGCUGUGGCAUAUGUUCCUAAGUGAGCUGUGGCAAGCCAGCCACUCUGGAGCAAAUGGUGGAGCAUGCCAUUGUCCUCUGGGCAUGCCAGCCACUCCAGAGCAAAUUCUGGGACACACUAUGGCACAUGUGCCAGAGCAUACCAUAGCAUUCCAGAGAACUCUGGAGCAGGCCAUGGCCCUCCAGGAUAAGCUGUGGCAUUCCAGCCACUCCAUAGCAAAUUCUGGAGUAAACUGCAGGACAUGUGCCAGAGCAUACUAUAGCAUUCCAGAGAACUCUGGAGCAGGCAAUGGCCCUCCAGAAUAA